AUGGCAAAGAUUAUCAAAGUCUGUGGCCUAAAAACAGCUGAUGCUGCAUAUACUGCUAUUGAAAACGGUGCAAACCUGCUAGGUGUCAUUUUGGUUCCAAACCGUGCUAGAACGGUUGAUCCUCAACAAGCCAUCGAAAUAUCCAAGCUAUGUCGAGCAAAGAGGAUCUCAAACGGGUCCAGAUUUGUGGAUUCAAGAGAUUUACUAAAUUAUAUGAGGAAUAUUGAUGAGGUAGGGCCAGAGUGGUUCGAAAUAUCAGUAAAUCAAGUCACUGAAAAUGGGCCUUUCCUUGUUGGUGUUUUCCGUAAUCAACCUUUAGAAGACGUUAUUAAAGCUAGCAAAGAGCUUAAUUUGGAUUUUGUACAGUUACAUGGUUCUGAAAACGUGGAUGAUUAUUCUAGCCAACUUGAUAUCCCCGUUAUUUCAAGGUUCGUUCUUAAUAAACCUGGAAUAGAGAAUGCACUAAUGACCCAUAAGUUCAUCAUUCCAUUAUUAGAUUCCGAAGUGGGCGGAGAGGGGAAAUUGAUUGACUGGGAUGAUGCAAGUUCGUUUGGGGACAAGAUGAAAGGGAGAUACAUUUUAGCAGGUGGGUUAACACCGGAAAACGUGGACCAAGCGUUGAAUGUCAGUGGGUGUUGUGGCGUUGAUGUCAGUGGCGGAGUAGAGACUGAGGGCGUGAAAGAUUUGGGUAAAGUGAAAGCAUUUGUGGUUAAUGCCAAAAACACAUGUAAGUAA